CCUUCCCGCUCCAGGUUUGCUGCUAUCCACGCCGAGGCCCCUGAGUUCGUGGAGAUGAGCGUUGAGCAGGAGAUCCUGGUGACGGGGAUCAAGGUCGUGGAUCUGCUGGCUCCCUAUGCCAAGGGAGGCAAGAUUGGUUUGUUUGGAGGUGCUGGCGUCGGCAAGACUGUGCUGAUCAUGGAGCUGAUCAACAACGUGGCCAAGGCCCACGGUGGUUACUCGGUGUUCGCUGGCGUGGGCGAGAGAACCCGCGAGGGCAACGACUUGUACCAUGAGAUGAUCGAGUCUGGGGUCAUCAACCUGAAAGAUGCCACUUCCAAGGUCGCCCUGGUCUACGGGCAGAUGAACGAGCCCCCGGGCGCCCGUGCCAGGGUGGCCCUGACGGGGCUGACGGUGGCCGAGUACUUCAGGGACCAGGAGGGCCAGGACGUGCUGCUCUUCAUCGACAACAUCUUCCGCUUCACCCAGGCUGGCUCUGAGGUGUCGGCCCUGCUGGGCAGAAUCCCCUCGGCCGUGGGCUACCAGCCCACGCUGGCCACCGACAUGGGCACCAUGCAGGAGCGGAUCACCACCACCCGCAAGGGCUCCAUCACCUCGGUGCAGGCCAUCUACGUGCCCGCCGACGACUUGACUGACCCUGCCCCCGCCACCACCUUCGCCCACUUGGAUGCCACCACGGUGCUGUCCCGUGCCAUCGCCGAGCUGGGCAUCUACCCGGCCGUGGACCCCCUGGACUCCACCUCCCGCAUCAUGGACCCCAACAUCGUGGGCCCCGAGCACUACGACGUGGCCCGGGGCGUGCAGAAGAUCCUGCAGGACUACAAGUCACUGCAAGACAUCAUUGCCAUCCUGGGCAUGGACGAGCUGUCCGAGGAGGACAAGCUGACAGUGGCCCGUGCCCGCAAGAUCCAGCGGUUCCUGUCCCAGCCCUUCCAGGUGGCCGAGGUCUUCACCGGCCACAUGGGCAAGUUGGUGCCUCUGAAGGAGACCAUCAAGGGCUUCAAGCAGAUCCUGGCAGGUGAAUACGACCACCUGCCCGAGCAGGCCUUCUACAUGGUGGGGCCCAUCGAGGAGGCCGUGGCCAAGGCAGAGAAGCUGGCAGAGGAGCAUGCCUGAGCCCCCCCAAACCCCCCGGCUCCGCUGGGGCCGGACCCCCAGUAUUUAACAUUUCCAAUAAAACAUCGGCGAAAAC